UUUGCACUCCCGGCCAGUGGGAGGGUCCUGUGGCAGAAUGCCUCGCUCUGAUUGGUCCGCGAGUGGUCGAGCCCACAGCACCAGAGUGUAUUUAUGCACUGAAGAUGCAGUAAGUUAGGAGCAGUGAUUUCCAGCACAGCUUGUCACCCUGCCAUCCAUCUGACAACUGCGAGAUGAAGACCCAGCAGCAGCAGCUCCACGUGGCCACUCCUCUGAGACAGAGCCUGGCCCUGACCAAAGUAGCCGGGACGUCCGUUUACCUCAAACUGGAUUCAUCUCAGCCCACAGGAUCCUUUAAGAUCCGGGGCAUCGGACACCUCUGCAAAACGUGGGCAGAGCGAGGAUGUGAACGCUUUGUCUGCUGUUCAGGAGGAAACGCUGGCAUGGCAGCAGCUUAUUCUGCCCGUCAGCUCGGGGUCCCUGCAACUAUCGUCGUUCCAAGUGUUACACCGAGCCCGACGGUGGAGAGGCUGAAGGACGAGGGCGCCACUGUCAUCAUCCACGGCAAGGCUCUGAAUGAAAGCAUUGAAUACGGACAGCAGCUCGUAGCAAACAACCCCGGCUGGAUAUUCAUCUCUCCGUUCGACGAUCCGCUCAUCUGGGAGGGCCACACGUCUCUGGUGGCGGAGCUGGAGAAGGAGCUGACGGAGAAGCCCGGAGCCGUGGUGCUGUCGGUGGGGGGGGGAGGGCUGCUGAACGGGGUGGUGGAGGGGCUGCGAAGAGCCCACUGGGCUGACGUGCCCGUCAUCGCCAUGGAAACCCUGGGAGCACACAGCCUCCACGCAGCCAUGAAGGCCGGCGAGCUGGUCACGUUACAAAUCACCAGUGUGGCGACCACGCUGGGCCUGACCAGGGUGUCUGCACAGACGUUUAAACUGGUGGGCGAGCACGCAGUUUUCUCUGAAGUCGUCACAGACCAGCAGGCUGUUCAAGCCGUUGAAUGCUUCGUAGACGACGAAAAGGUUUUGGUGGAGCCGGCGUGCGGCGCCGCUCUGGCCGCCGUGUACAGCGGCGUCGUCCGACGGCUGCAGGCGGAGGGCAAGCUGGCGCCGCGUCUGGGCCCCGUGGUCGUCGUGGUGUGCGGAGGAAACAACAUCAGCUUGGAGCAGCUGAGCAGGCUGAAGAAACAGCUGGGGAUGAUCUAGCCUAACCACUUCUGUAACUCCUGACACUUUCUUUACAUUUCUGUUCCUUGGUCAUCUUAUAAACGCAACUAUUCAUUCCAGACUGUGAGACGCUCCUGAGCUCGGAGACUGACAGAUUUUCCCGCUUUUUAUUAUGCGUUUAUUAUUAUUUAUUAUUGACGCUUUUGAUGCUUUUUUUUUUUGUGACAGUUUAAAGGUGCAAUAUGUAAUACUGACAGCUAGUGUUUAAAAUAGUUACUGCAGUACAAAUUCUAAAUACUGGAGAGUGCUCCUUUUCACUUUCACUUAUCUGUACAACACUUUGUUUAUGCGAAUGUCACUAACUUGGAAAAAACAAUAAAGAGAUUGGGAAUAUAUAUAUAUAUAUAUAUAUAUAU